GCGCUGCGUUCCAAGGACCGGAGAGUGGCGGCCCGGCCUCCGCAGACUACCUCGGGUAAAGGUGCUCCAGCUCCCGUAGCUACCUUGCCACGCUUCUCCUUAACCGGAAUCCUAACUUCCUUCACGACCCUCUUCUUGCUGUUGCCUAGCCGCCUUCGGGUUUUCCCUCUGAUUCUUUUCCUGUUGUUGCUUUUCUUUUUCCUGCUUCUCCAGCUACCAUUUCGCAACUCCGCGUUUUCCUAAGAUACUCUCUGGUCCCCCUAGCCCGUCAUCCUAGGCAUCCCCACCUGUCAGCUUCUAACUUCUGCUCCUUCCUGAUCUCCGUUCCCUUUGUCAACAGGGCCUUAUUGCCAUACUCUACUACACUCCUCUUUCCCUUUUGCUACCCUCUGAUCCUCAAAUUCCCUCUAACCUCACUUGACUUCUUGACAUUUGACCCUGACAUUUUAGCUCUCUAAAUUUCUACCUGUUGCAGCCUGGGCUUCAAUAAGCCAGGUGUUGUCCUGAUAUCCAUCCCUGCUUUCUGAACCUGUUUCUACCUUUACCAUGGACUUCUUGAUGAGUGGUGUGGCAGCCUGCGGGGCCUGUGUGUUCACCAAUCCCCUGGAGGUUGUGAAGACAAGAAUGCAAUUGCAGGGAGAACUGCAGGCCCCAGGCACCUACCAGCGCCACUACCGAAACGUCUUCCACGCCUUCUUCACCAUUGGCAAGGUGGAUGGCCUAGCUGCCCUGCAGAAGGGCCUAGGUCCUGCGCUCUUGUACCAGUUCCUGAUGAAUGGCAUCCGACUGGGCACCUACGGGCUGGCAGAGUCUCAGGGUUACCUCCGCACUAAUGAAGGCACCCACAGUCCUGUCCGCAGUGCCGCAGCUGGGGCCCUUGCUGGGGUCAUGGGAGCUUAUCUGGGAAGCCCAAUCUACAUGGUGAAGACACACCUACAGGCACAGGCAGCCUCUGAAAUUGCUGUAGGGCACCAGUAUAAGCAUCAGGGCAUGUUUCAGGCACUAACCGAGAUUGGCCAGAAACAUGGUCUAGUGGGGUUGUGGCGUGGGGCCGUGGGCGGCCUGCCCAGAGUUGUCGUCGGCUCCUCCACCCAGCUGUGCACCUUCUCAUCUACCAAGGACCUCUUGAGCCAGUGGGAGAUCUUUCCUCCCCAGAGCUGGAAGGUGGCUCUGGCGGCUGCCAUGGUGAGUGGUGUGGCAGUAGUCCUGGCCAUGACACCCUUUGAUGUAGCCAGCACAAGGCUUUAUAAUCAACCCACGGAUACUCGAGGCAAGGGCCUCAUGUACCGGGGGAUCUUGGACGCUCUGCUGCAGACAGCCCGGACAGAGGGCUUUUUUGGCAUGUACAAGGGUAUAGGUGCCUCCUAUUUUCGCCUCGGCCCCCACACUAUCCUCUCCCUCUUCUUUUGGGAUCAGCUGCGCUCCUUUUACAACACAUACGCUAAAUAACCGUCACUCUCUUGUACUCCAAAUCAACACUCUUUGGGCACCUCUGCCCCUACUACUUCCUAUCUCAGUGACUGCUAAGUGAUUGACUUUUCAAUGCACCUACGGCGGAUAGCCAUGCCUACUCCUCUGUUCUCCUAGGGUUGAGUCACUGAGUGGGUCUUGCUUUAAAUUUCCCCACAAGUCCCCCGAUAUAUUUCACACCCAUCUCAGGGUUGAAUCAGUCACUCCAAAGUAUAUUUCUACUGCCAUUCUUGGGUCCCACCCCCACUCCUGUGCACAGCUUUAAACUCCCCCUUCCAAGACCAAAGGGAACUGGGGAGACCCAGGUGUCCUCUUAAGAUUCCAAGCCACAGAAAUUAUGUUCUUCAUAAAGCAAGUUUAUUUCUGCAGAGGAGGUGUCUUAUGUUUACAUCCAGGGAAGAAGCAGAAAGAAACUCCCCCUCUCAGAACUGGGUCCCUGAGUCCUCAGCAUCACGCUGUGUUUCAACCAUCUUCACUGGGGACCAAAGAGGUUGGGGUCGUGAAGAGUCAAACUAGUCACCAGCUGUUCAAAGUUACCCAGGCUCCAAGGUGGACAUGACAACAGAUUUUCAGGGCCAAGAGACCUGCUAUGACACCUUAGGGUAAGGGAAUAGAAGGAGAAGGAAAGUGGUCCAGCUUGAGGUUUGCAAGAGCAUACUUCCUGUUCCCCAGAAGACCAGGAAUCCCUGACCCCGCCCCCCCCCAAGCCUGUGGCCUAUUUCUGCUUCCUUGAAGGCGUUUGACCCACCCAGCUUAAUUGUCCUGAGGACCCAAUUUCGAGCUUCCCACCCGCUCCUUCGUCCUUACGGGGGCUGAUUGAAGGUGAGCAAAAGAUCAGUCUGAUACUGGGGCAGCCGAAGCAAGGCCUGAUGCAGUGUGACAUCCUUUGCUACCUAAAGGGAUCAGAAUCAGCAUGCUUACCAGGAUACCUGGAGUUAUCCCACCCCAACUCCAGGGCAUCCCAUUUGCCAUGGCCCUCACCUGCUGGUUUUCUUUAGCUACCUGCUGCUUGCCAGAAAGGAACCAGGCAUCUUGACAGCAGCCUCUCAGGGAUAAGUUCUCCAAACAGAGAGGCUGCACAGAUAGCACGUGCACAGCCCUAGCCCCCUGCACCCCGCCAACGUCCUCAAAAUGGUACCUGGCGUAGGAGGAACAGGGGUAGGGAGGGGCAUCUCUGAAUAACCCAGCCCCACCCUCGAGCCUGGUCAGCUAUUGCCCUUGGAGUUUUCGUCCUGAAUAACCGUCCAGCCACAGGCCCCGCCCACUUCCUCGGUUCCCGGCCUCCCGUUGGCUAGCUUUCUCACCGCGCAGCCGCUUCGCCCUGCACGUGGGCCUGCAGCUCCAGAAGUUCUAUGAUCAGACUCUGGUCGGUCACAGGAUGGCAGAAAACUUCUUGGUUGUCUGGCACCGGUCGGAGGUCACUGGAGAAGGACAGGGACACUCUCGUCUCUGGCUUUUUCCCGUAACCCACCGGCCGGCCUCUGGGGCGGCUGGCUUUCUCACCUCACAUCAAUGGCCCCUGUGGGGAGGAUGGCAGAGAAGGCGCCUCCGAACAGUGGACAGUUUCUGGUGGGCUCCAUAGAUCUAGUACUUGAGUCUGGACAUUAGCGAGGUUUUAAAGAAACCUACAUGGGCCUUCGAGGCAUCAUUUCCCCUGGUGUUCCCGGAGCAGCCACUACCUCCCGUCCUACUAAGCUCUUGGACCUUUAAGAUCUGGUCACGCCCUGCGAGAACGCUGACCAAUCGGCGCCCGCGCUUUGGGGGCGGGGCUAUUCUUGGGGGCUGGUCUCUGAAACCCAGCUCUUAGGAAGGAACCAGGCUGGAGUCUGGGGUCUGGUCUGCAGUCCGACCUGGUUUUAGGAUUUAUGCCGCUAGUGAUGGGUUAAUCCCUCGUGCUCACUUGCUCCUUUAUUUUAAAGGAGUCGUGCCUUCUAACAAGGUCACUUGAGACCGUCCUUAAGGACAGUUGUUCAAUUAAAGGUCCUGUCUAGGUGGCAGGUUGUGGGGCCACUUAACUCUAAUGGCCGGACAACCAGACCACUAAUUCCAGGAUCUAUUCUGGGACUUAGGGAAACAACAGGCCCAGGUGUGAGUCUGGGUUAAGAUUCAGACCUCAAACCUUGAUACCUAACCCGAGGAUUAUGGUUCUAAUCCCCUUAAAUCUUCCCCUUGGGAGGGCAAGGGGACGCUCUCUUCCAGUACACCUGGACCAAAGUACAGAUUAAACUAUUGCUUUUCCUUUA